UGCUUUAAGUCAUGUAUUUCUAUUUCAAGAAGAGAAUUUACAAGGACUUCGUGAAUUCUUCGAUGAUGAGUUAUGGCAGUGUAUUUUUCUAGAAAUUCGUACACAAUAUUCUUACAUUGAUAUUCCAGAAUGUGUCUUUGAUUUGUGUGGAACAGUUGUGAAGAUCGCAUCCAGACAACAAGACCCUCGACAGCGUCGAACUGAAAUAAAAAGUUAUCUUAGAAGUUACAAGACUAAUGGAGAAUUUGAAGAAAUAAUGCAUGAUAUUCUUUAUCGUUUAUCCGACAGUUAUCAAAAUUCGUUUGUUAAAAAUAAUAAAAUUGAAGACACACAUUCUCAUAACUAUCUUGACUCUGUGAUUAAACCAUUUUUUCCGGAAG